ACAUCGAUGCUAUGAACAGGCAGAGAAAAGUUCUGAGAGAAAAACUGAGUGAUGAAAUCAAGAACCAUGUUAUGGCAGAGUCUGAGAAGACGGAAUCUAGCAUCAGUUCAUCAAGUGAGGAAAAUUCUCUCAGUAAGUCUGCGGAACAGUUUCGUAGAGUGAACGAAUACAACCGACUUCAGCUGCAAGCUGCCCAUGCCCAGGAACAAAUUCGCAGAAUGAGUGAAAACAGCCUUGUCCAAGUGCCUUUCCAGCAGCUCAACCAACUUGCUGCCUACCCCUACGCUAUUUGGUACUAUCCACAAAUCGUGCAGUAUGUUCCUUUCCCACCAUUUUCUUACAUCUCCAAUCCCACUGCUUCUGAGAAUUAG